AUGUUUUCACGCUUGCUCAUCCUCUCUUUGCUGGUGGGGAACACAGCGUCCAGCCCAGUGAGCAGAGCACAGGCUGCAGCAUCCGGGGACGUCACCCCCUUUUUCCAGCUGGCUCAGGAAGACCCUUGGGAGAACGUUAAUCUCACCAGCAUGUCCUGUGAGGAUCGCAAGAACAGGACAUGGAUCACCCUGCAGCUCACCAACAACAGCCUCACGGCUUUCCCUGUCUGCCUUCCAGAGGCACUGGAGACCUUGGAUCUCAGCAACAACCUCUUAGAAGAGGUGAAUGGCACGGAGAUAGCAAACCUCCCGCAGCUGCGCGUCCUCUCGCUGCGGCAGAACCAGCUCUGGUCACUUAGAUGGGGAUCCAAAGCCCUCAGCAGCCUCGUCUCUCUGGACUUAAGCUUUAAUAAGCUGUCAUCUGUGCCAUCAUGCCACAGCUCUGCUCUGCCUAACUUGAGGUGGUUGUCCCUGGCUGGAAAUCCACUGAUUGAAAUCCAGCCGCUGGCUUUUUCCUGUUACCCUCAGCUACAGUUCCUGAACCUCUCUGCAACACUGCUCGGGCAAGAUGACAGCACAGGAAUUAGAGAGUCUGCUUUUGCCAUCAGCACAUCUCCCAGUGAGGCCACAAAUAGGCCUGGAAACAUCAACGUGCUUGAUCUAAGCAGGACCUUCCUUGAGAAAAUUCAACCAGAGUGGACCAGAGACUUGCCCAGCCUCAGAUCACUUCACCUGACAAAGAUGUCACGGUUAAGAAGCCUUGAUACUGACUUCUUCAAGUCCAUGCCUGCUCUCCAGGAGCUGAACUGUCAAGACUCCCCCUCACUGGCUUUCGUGCAGACAGAGAUGUUUGACAGUGCUCCUCAUCUGAGCCAACUCUCGUUUGAGAACUGUAACCUGAGUUCCUUUAAUCCUUGGAAUACCAAUUCCUCGGAUAACAUCAUCAUCAGCUUGUACGGAAAUCCUCUGAUAUGCGACUGCCAGCUCUCCUGGCUGCUCUCCAAGCCCAAGAAAGUUGUGCUGCAAAAGGCUUGGGAGACUUUCUGCUACACAUCCCAGGAAGAUUGGGGCAGACCUUCAACAUCUUUGUCACUGCUAGAGCUCUACAACAGAUGCCAGGCUGAGAGAAACAUUACGCUGCCCGAUUCAAACACACCCUCUCCCACACAUGGUGCUUUCAGCCUCAGCAGUUACGAUGCCACUACUGUAGUAACAACAACAGACUCUGCCCCACUAACCCAAGACGCUUAUAUCAGCUCCCUAAUUCAGAUGAACGUAAUGAGCGCAACAGCAGCCAAGCCAACUGAGCUGGUGCUCACAGAGGCCUCCCACAAGGAGGAGGCAGAGGAGGCAGCUUCUGAAUCCAUGAGCAAUCCUCCUUCCUUUGCGUCUGUAACCACCUCCCUGGGUUUUCUCAAAUUGUUCUAUGAUCAGUCCUCAGAUCAUGGCUCCACGAAUCAAACUGAAACAGAUCAGCUAAAGAGAGAGCUCAGAACAACCACCGCGACGUUUCCCCAGGAAGGCACAGCCAACCAGCCCACGAGUGAUUAUUCUACCACAACAAAGGGAAGCCCCAAUGCCACUGACCAUUAUCUUCACUCCUUUGCCCUUUAUGCUGAGGAAGGUACACCACAAACAAGCCUUCCACAGCUGAACUCCACAAAGACCAGUGCUCACUCACAGCCUGCAUCCACCAGAUCUCUGAUACACUAUGUGGAUGACUACGAUUACGACGAACAGUCAACGCAAACCCCAGUGCAAGUGCCAUACACCUCCUGUGACUACAAUCCUUGCAGGCACCUUCAGAAGCCAUGCAGUGAACUUCAGAGAGAAUCCAGAUGUUUAUGUCCUGGCAUGUCGAGGGAAGAUGAGGUUCCAGAUGCACCAAGGCUCAGAGAGGUGUCUGAAGUUACAGACAGUUCUGCACAGAUACGCUGGUGUGCCCCAAAUUCAGUUGUUCACACCUAUGAGCUGAUGUUUCAUGCCCAAGGCAACGAGGACAGACAGCUUGUCCUGGACAAUAUUUAUUCCACAGCAAGGCAGCACACUCUGUAUAAUCUACUGCCAUACACCACGUACCACAUUUGUGUGACUGCUUCCAACAAAGCAGGGUCGAGCCAGACAGCAGUGCAGGGAAUUCCAGGUAAUUCGUGCACCAGGUUUAAAACAAAGCCCAGCUACAAGUCUGUCUUUGCUGCUCUGUCUGCAGCAAGUGGACUCUUUCUCAUUUCCACAAUUAUUUUGUCUGUAUGUCUGUGUAAGGCAUGUAAAAAGCCUCAGAGUGAGCAAUAUGGUACACACUUGGUCUCUUACAAGAACCCAGCAUUUGAUUAUCCGUUAAAACUACAAACCAGUAAUUAG